CGGCAACGCAAGCCUCUCUUCUGAUUGAAGUAGCAAAAUGUCGGCCGUAGAAGUUUCUUGGAGAUUUGGACGAUAUGUUUGCCAGUUACACAGACUUCAUAUUUACUUUUGCAGAUACUCUGGAAGCAGUAGAGGCAUGAGAGAUUUCUUAGAAAACAAAGUGACAUAUUUUGCUGAAAACAAUCCAUCAAUAUCUAUUUAUGUCAAUGAAAUGAAAAGAAAACAUCCUAAGCUAGAGGCACAUUACUUGAAUGGGAAUACUAAAGAAGUUAUUGUACAAAACAUGGAGGAAACCGAUAUUUUUGAUGCCCUUGAACAGCUAAGAAAUCAGAGUGGAAAGGAAUGGUUAACAGAUAAAAUAAGAAAGACUUGGCAUACUGACAAACCGUCUAUCCAAGGAACGUGGAACCCAUUGCUUAACAAACCAGCUCCAGAUUUCUCGAAAUAAUGAUGUAUAUAAUAUCACUAUCCCAGUUUCAUAAGAUUCUAGUAUGUUUUAAUUUAAGUUUUUAAA